AUGACCGACAUGCUCGACCGCGGGGCACAGCGACCCGAAGAAGUCAGCGAUGUAGAUAGUCUUUUGAGACAGCCGCAGACCAUCAUCUGGCUCAAAACCGCCGAACAGUCCUUCGCAAUCCACAAGUCCCUCUUGGUCGAGUCGUCAAAAUACUUCCAGCGCUGUCUCGAUGGCCCUUUCACCGAGUCCCGCACCAACACGAUCGACCUCGACGACGACUCGGACGAUAGCGAGGGCAACGUCAGCAUCAGUCCGCUGACACUGGGUACCUACGUCAAGCUCUGCUACUUCACCCGCCUCACGGCUCAGCGCGUCAAGCGCUCCCGCCGCAACGCCGCCGACCACACCGAGGACUCGUACGAGGUGUCCCCCUUCACGCUGAAGCCGUGCGACAUGCACACCCCGCACGACCUCACCGAGCUCGUCGACAUGUGGUCCCUGUGCGACCGCUUCCACGACGACCUGCUGCUCGGCAAGGUCUCGACGGCCAUACGGGAGACGCUCAACGUCGGCGCCAAGAAGCUGGGCGAGGCGCACUGCGCCGAGUGGUGGGUGUUCAACUUCGCCAACGGCUACGUCGCCCUCGAGGGCCUGCACCGCCGCGACGACGAGCUCGAGGGCCUGCUCGAGAAGCUGAAGGAGCUGUUCGUCCGCAACUGCUCGCCGGUCUCAUGGGAGCGGCUGGCGUGCCAGCUGCCGAGCGACUUCGUCGUGGCCGCCUCGAUCGCGUUCCAAGCCAAGAUGGCGACGCUGAUGACGAAUGAAGCGGCCAUUGCGAGGGUCAAUGGGGCGAGUCUGUGUUAUGAGUGUAAGUCUAGGGUCCAGAUGGCCUUGAAGCGAUAA